AUGUCCGCCGCAAAGCCGUCCACCGAGGCCUCCGCGCUGCCCAUCCUCUACCGCGAUACCACGGAAGCCUCCGCCUUCCACGACGCAGUAUGGGGCCGCGUCUUCAACGAGCGGCGCGACACAUCCCGCAGCCCAAAAGCCGUCGUCCUCGCCUCCUCGGCUUCCCACAUCAAGGCCGCCGUCCAACUCGCCAACGAGCAGGGCUGCCGCGUGUCCGUCCGCAGCGGCGGCCAUAGCUGGGCUGCGUGGAGCGUGCGCCAAGAAGCGAUCCUGAUCGACCUGGGCAACUACCAGGGGGUAUGGUACGACGAGAAGACGCACGUCGUCAGCUGCACCCCGAGCUCUACGGGGCGCAUCGUGAACGGCUUCCUCAAGGAGAAGGGCAGGAUGUUUGCGGGCGGCCAUUGUCCCGAUGUCGGACUGGGGGUUUCCUCCUGCAGGGCGGUAUGGGCUGGAAUUGCAAGGUACGAACAACUCGCGGCUUGCGAGAACUGGGGCUGGGCCUGCGAGAACAUUGCCAGCAUCGAGGUCGUCACGGCGGACGGCGAGGAGCUUACCUGCAGCGAAACAGAAAACUCGGAUCUGUUCUGGGCGGCGCGAGGAUCUGGACCUGGUCUCCCCACCGCCGACCCCGACAUGGAAAUCGUCUGCGUAUCCAAGUGCAACCAAGACACCGGCGCCAUAGAAAUCGUCGCCGGCUUCACCGUCUUCAAGCAAACCAAAGAAGAAGCCGAGGCCGCCCUACGCCCCAUCCACGACGGCAGGCCCGCCGACCCGGCCGUCGACAACGCCUACGUCGCCAACGACGAGGACGUGCCCUCCGUCCUCGAGGCCGCCUUCACCACGUUACCCAGCAAAAAGGCCUUUGCCCUCUACUUCUCCAUGAACCCCACCUCGCGCCGGCCCCUCCCCGACAUGGCUCUCAGCAUGCAGUCCGACCACUACUUUGCCCUCUACACCGUCUGGGAGGACGCUGCCGACGACGAGCGCUGCACCGCGUGGGUCUACGACGUGAUGCGCGACGUGGAGCGCCGCAGCGUCGGCAGCUACCUCGGCGACGCCGACUUCCGCCACCGUAGGACAAAGUACUGGUCCGAUGCCCAUGGCAAGAAGCUCAUGGACGUCAGGCGGAAGUGGGAUCCUCGCGGCACGGUAUGCGGAUACCUUGACGUCGGCGACCAGAGCGGCGUGGAGGGACUAAAGAAUGAAUUCGAGUGGUCCUGA